GAGAUAGGCUGGAAGGGGUCUCAAUGGGCAUCCGCCUCCGCCAGGCUGCGGUGGGAGUCCCGGCCCCGGUUACUGACGGUAGGACAGUGGAGAUCAAGGCCUGGGGCGAGCGGGCGCUGCAGAAGAUGCAGGGGUGAAAGCACUCUGAAGGAAAAUGAACCAGACGAAGGGUCAGAGUGUGGGGGUAGUGGGGACAGUAGGAACCGGGCGCUUGCCUUUGCACCCGGGCGCUGAGGGCGCGGUGCGAAGGAGAUAGUCAACAUAGGCUUGUUGCACAGUGGAUACCUCCCCACCCUACUGGAGCGUUUGCUCUGUGUCAUUUCGUCCUCCUAACAACACACUGAAACGAGAAUUUCUACCAUCUCUGCUUUUCAAAAGAGGAAGCUGAGUCGAGGCCAGACUGUGUCUGGGUUACACACCCAGGAAGUUGCUGCACAAGAUAAUGCUUUGCCUUCAUCCUGACCCCUCCCCACUCUCCCCUUUCUUUAAGCUUCAAGGAGGUCUGCUUCUCUCCCACCACGACCAUUCCCAUCUGCUCUUUUUGUUUUGCAUGACCUUCCCCCAGAUCACUUCUUAUCGUCCAGUCUCCAAAAGUGGCAUUUCAUCAGAUCCCUUUGCGGCCCACCAGGCUCUCCGCCUUUUUUCUUAAAUCACAGGACUAUGGCUGCCUAUAGGCGUCUUAUUUGUCCGUGUUUCCUUGUGUUCACCUUUGGAACACAACCUCUACGAAAGCAGGGACCUUGCAUGCAGUAGGCACUCAAACCCCUGUUUACUACAUCAGGUGGUCUCCGGGCUGCAAAGUCCUUUCUUUUCCACCUGGACUUUCCCCUCGACUUCCACUCGUUCGGUCCAUCAAGAGGGGCGUGGAUGGGAGGGGUUGGUAGGGCGGGCUGAGGUCCUCGCCUGCUGGGAAUUCCAGUCCGAGAAGCAGGGGUCCCUGUUAGGUUCGGAGGCUACUCGGCCCCAAAGUCGGACGAUCACCGAGUAGGAUCUUUGAAACCCCAGCUAACUCCGGGCAAAAUCUUCAAGCUCCAGUCAGCUGGUCCAGGUCUCACCUCCUUAAGGAGCUCGCAGCCCUGACACACCCCAGAGCCGCAGCGCACGCCCAUCCCGGCCUCUCCCAGCGCAGCCCCGGCCCCGCCCCACAGCCCCGCGCGUGCCCGUCCCAGAUUCCUCCGCGCGCAGCCCUAAUACAGCCCCGAGGGAGAUGCCGUGCACGCCGGUCCCGACCUCCCCGGCGCACAACCCAGGCCUCGCCCCGCGGCGCCGCGUACGCCGGUCCCGGCUUCCCCCGCGCGCAGUCCUGGCCCCGCCCCGCGGCGCCGCGCACCCCUAUCCCGGCUUCCCCCGCGCGGCGAGUCUGGGCGGAGCGAGCGGGCUCAUCCUGGAGUCGGAAAGCCAAGCCUCUCCCACCCGCCCGGCGCGGUAUCCCGGGGGCGCCAUGGAGCCCCGGGUGGUUGCGGAUGCUGUGGAGACGGGAGAGGAGGAUGUGAUUAUGGAGGCUCUGCGCACGUACAACCGGGAGAACUCCCAGAGUUUCACGUUUGAUGAUGCCCAACAGGAGGACAGGAAGAGACUGGCGGAGCUGCUGGUCGCGGUUCUGGAGCGGGGCUUGCCACCGUCCCGCCGCGUCACCUGGCUGCAGAGCAUCCGCAUCCUGACCAGAGACCGCAGCUGCCUGGAGCCUUUCACCAGCCGCCAGAGCCUGCAGGCACUUGCCUCCUAUGCUGGCAUCGCCUUGGAGGGGUCCGUCCCUGAGCCUCUGGACAUGGACGUUGUACUCGAGUCCCUUAAGUGCCUGUGCAACCUCGUGCUCAGCAGCCCGGUGGCACAGGUGCUGGCCGCAGAAGCCCGCCUAGUGGUGAGGCUCGCAGAGCGUGUGGGGCUGUAUCACAAGAGCAGCUUCCCACACGAAGUCCAGUUUUUUGACUUGCGCCUCCUCUUCUUGCUCACGGCACUUCGCACUGAUGCGCGCCAGCAGCUGUUUCAGGAGUUGCAGGGGGUGCGCCUGCUGACUGCUGCCUUGGAGCUGACACUGGGAAUGACCCCUGAUGGGGGCCCUCCUGAGCUCCUUCCUCCCCAGGAGACUGAGCGGGCCAUGGAGAUCCUCAAAGUGCUCUUCAACAUCACCUUUGACUCCAUUAAGAGGGAAGUAGAUGAGGAAGAUGCUGCCCUUUAUCGGCACCUGGGGACUAUCCUGCGGCACUGUAUGAUGGUCGCUGCUGCUGGAGACCGCACAGAAGAGUUUCACGGCCACACAGUGAAUCUCUUGGGAAAUUUGCCCCUCAAGUGUCUGGACGUCCUUCUUACCCUGGAGCCACACGAAGGUUCCCUGGAGUUCCUGGGAGCAAACAUGGAUGUGAUUCAUGUCCUCCUCAGCUUCCUAGAAAAGCGUCUGCACCAGACGCACAGGCUGAAAGAGAGCGUGGCCCCCGUGCUGAGCGUGCUGACGGAGUGUGCCCGCAUGCACCGCCCUGCAAGGAAGUUCCUGAAGGCCCAGGUGCUGCCCCCACUGCGGGACGUGAGGACGCGGCCCGAGGUCGGGGAGCUGUUGCGGAACAAGCUUGUUCGCCUCAUGACGCACCUGGAUACUGACGUGAAGAGAGUGGCAGCUGAGUUCCUGUUUGUCCUGUGCUCGGAGAGUGUGCCCCGAUUCAUCAAGUACACGGGCUACGGGAACGCUGCUGGCCUCCUGGCUGCCAGGGGCCUCAUGGCUGGGGGCCGGCCUGAGGGCCAGUAUUCGGAGGAUGAGGACACGGACACAGAGGAGUACAAAGAAGCCAAGGCCAGCAUAAACCCAGUGACCGGGAGGGUGGAGGAAGAACCGCCCAACCCCAUGGAGGGCAUGACAGAGGAGCAGAAGGAACAUGAGGCCAUGAAGCUGGUGAACAUGUUUGACAAGCUCUCCAGGCACAGAGUCAUCCAGCCUAUGGGGAUGAGUCCCCGGGGUCAGCUCACAUCCCUGCAGGAUGCCAUUUGUGAGACCAUGGAAGGGCAGCUCUCCUCGGAACCCGACUCAGACCCCGACUGAGGACACCCACUCUUCUGUUCCCCCUUCAGAACUGGUGCUGCUUCCAGAGAUGGCCUUGGGACUGUGACCCAGGGAAGCCAUGCUUGGAGACCCUUUUCUCUUUACUUCCAAAGUUCUGUUAAUGGUUUGUCUCUGGUCCAAUUUUUUAUCUUUAGGACUGUGAGGGCCUUGUCCUGCUGCAACUCUGGGAACUCCACCAUGAUCUCCACAGAUGAGGUGGUCUUGUGUGCCAAGAGGAUGUGUGCAGAGGCUGCUGCCUGGGGGCAGGAGCUGAGCAUGGGCACAUGCACAGGCAAGCAUGUCCAGGGCUGGCAUACCGGCCCAGAGCUUCUGUGUCAGGCAGGCACUGCAGCUGACAGGAAAAGAACUUGCUAGGACCCUGUAUCCUAAUGUCAGAAACAUACUUUCAAGGUAUGCUCUAUUUCUGUCCCCCCUGAGCUCAGGACUGGGAGCCUCCUGUGCGUUCUUGGUCCUCGCUCAGCACUCUACUAUAAGUGUCCACAGCAGCCAAGCUCUCACUGGUUGUGACAGUGGAAUCCUGGCCUUCCCACUGGCGUAGACAAAUACACGAAGGGAAACGCACCUCGUAAAACCACAAGUCUGGAUUUCUGUCGUGUACCACAAAGCAUCACUGAAAUAUCUUGGAAUAAAGAGUUUCGAGCAAGAA